UCAGCGAGUUCCGGGGGCUCAUCGAUCGGUAGACCUGACCUUGCACGCAAAGAAAAAGAAUAGAAAAGAAAGAAUUGAUCGUCUCUAACCAGGGAAUUGCAGCAAUGGGUCAUGGAAUUUGCUUCCAGCUCUGAAUGCUCUCAUCAAGCCGAACGUUGCGCCGCCAGAACUCAAGCCUGAACUUAUGAACACCCUCACCCGCAUCCCACUACGGCCAGAUGGAGUGCGUGGUACUCUGGAGUUUGUAUUUUCGGUCCAUCCUAGUAGCGCUUCGAAGACGUCCGAGGGGGCGAUCCCUCAGAAACGCGGUGCCGAUAUCACCCAAGAAGCCUUGGCUGUGGCGACUCGGAUUUUAACGUCUCCUCCGAGCUCGGUGCCGCCGGAGACGUGGUUCGCCGGGAUCGCGCCCCAAGUGUUCCAUCUUCUUGAUGGCCUAGAAGGGCCCGAGCUUUCCAAGGCAGCCGCCCAAAUCAUCAUGCUCGGCGUUCUCGGACGCAGGCAGUUUGGUGCUCCUGGAACUGCAGGUUGGGUUUGCUUUGCCGAGCCGCUUCUGUGCAGCAUCAAUCCAUCCCUCCGCCGUGCCCCUGGCGAUAGUUUGAGGAGCAAUGACGUGUCUUACGAAAUCAUUGAUUUUACGCGAGACAAAGUCUUGGUGACAUCCGACGACCUUUAUCGGUCCCUUGCGCGAUUAUCCAUUUUGGUUAAUUCGACCCCUUAUCCAGCUCAGACUCGCCGACUGCUUGACCCCAUUCUACCGCAGCUAUGGGCCAUCUCAUCCUGGGUUGAGCCGAACGCCCAAUAUCAAAAGAGAUUGGCCGAACCUGCCUCUUUACUUGUACAAACCUUCUUCAAGAUUGCGGCUUCCCCUUCUAAAUUAUUUUCCAUUACGAGCAAUCUACUUUGUAAAGGGGAGUAUUCAGAAGGCAGGCAGAGUUGGUGUUAUCAUGCUGCUGCGUCUGGUGGUAUUGAAGUCAUCGUGCCACGGCCAAGUAACGCGUCGCAAACCAUGGAGCUGGAUUGGAGCGAGUUGCAGCGAAAGUCGGAGUCUUUUGUGAUACUAGUGGCGUCCAGUUGCACCUCUGACGAUGUGUCUACUUUCUUCCUGAGCCUACUCGGCCGAUGGCUCACCCGAACGUCGGAACACGCAAAAGCGGGAUCUGAUAUUCUCACACAGGUGGAUGAUCACGGCGACUCGAGUCCAAACCUCGAGGAGCUCUUCGAAGGGACAAUCCUUCACAAGCUCCUGGAGAAGAUUCCGCAGAAACUUAUCAGCCGGAUUGAACAAGUUCUUGAGCUUGUAUGCCGGAUUCUGGACCCAGACACGUUAGCAACUCAGCCCGACGACAUUGUGGCGGUGGCCCUGAGCCUCCUGAACUUGGUCCUCACGUCCCCAGUGUUCAGAAAGUCCAAUCUCAAGCCGCAGGGUCUCCAAGUAUUGGAGCAGAGUCUGGACAGUCUAAGCAAGCAAGGCCGUCCCGAAGUAUCCACAACCGCGAGGAAUCUAUCUUUCUUACUUCAGUACCGCGACGCGGCAGAUGAAGGGGAGCAAGAUGCAUAUGUCCCGACUAACAGCCAGAUCGAGGACAGGAACACGUAUAAGCUGGCCAUUUCGUACAUCACACAGUCGGAUAAUCCACCGCCUGUUCGCUCUGAAGGGUUGAAUCUCAUAUCUGGCCUGAUCAUGAGAAGCAGUCCUGCCCUGGACAUCCAGGCCGUUCUUGUUCUUCUCUCUUCGUUGUUGCAAGAUGACGAGGACUUCAUCAACCUGCGGGUCAUCAAGGUAUUCACCCAGCUGGCCAAUAAGCACCCCAAGGCCACUGUGAAGGAGAUCCUGGAGCACUACCUGGACGCAAAGGAAGCCAUCUCGACGGAUGUCAGGCUACGCUUUGGCGAGGCUCUUCUCCAAGUGGUUGAGCGUCUGGGGCAGACUUUUGCCGGCCACGUCGCGAAUCAGGUAGUUGAGACACUACUUUCGAUCGCUAGCCGAAGGGGUUACCGCCCCAAAACUGAAGCGAGACAAGCCCGGGAAGCGAGGCUUCAGGCGAUGAAAAAGAAACAGGCAGACGAAGCCUGGGGAGGCGAAGUGCCCGACCUCGGGGAUGAAGUUCCCGAGGAUGAAAAGGAAAGUAACGACAUCUUGACGCAGAUCGUUGAGGGUUGGGAGAGCCGGCGGGGUAGUGAGGAUGUGCGAAUGCGGUCUUCUGCGUUGUCAAUCCUUGCUGCAGCCAUUGAGACUAAUGUUUCAGGUAUCGGGGCUGAGCUCGUCUCAGCGUCGGUAGAUCUCUGUGUCAACGUCCUUACUCUGGAACCGGAGAUCGAGAAAGGUAUCCUACGGCGAGCAGCUGUCAUGCUGGUUCUUAGUUUCGUGAGAGCUCUGGACAAGGCAAAGCAGACUGGGCGGAGGAUUGGUUUUGGGUUAAUGGAUCAGAGCCGAGAGGAUAUCACGCGGGUGCUCAAGUAUGUUGCUGUCACGGACAAUGAUGGUCUUGUUCAGCAGCAUGCGAGGGAUGUAAUAGAGAGCCUGGACAACUGGAGGAUGGCUUCCUUACUCCCUCACGAGGGGAUUGGACAGCGAAGCACUGGCUUGGAGCGGCUCUCAGGGCUCGCAUUGAGCCCGGGGCACAUGGGGUCAAGUCUUCAGGAAACAAGCACAAGACCCAAGAUAGAGGAAAUUGAGUGAGCAAGUCUGGUUAAAAGGGGUAAAUAAUAGACUCGAGUGAGUCGAGUCCUUCGGGUCUGCACGAACUGCCAGGAUGAAAAGAUAAGAUUGCGGGAAGGGGAAGGUCACGUGAACACGUGACACGCGUUGGUAUUAGGUAUGAGGGGCACAAGCGUCGCGGUGCCUUGUUUUUCGGCGGAUGUUUCUCCGUAUUUUCACUAUUGAAUUGCGUUGCAAAGCGAUAU